CCCGGAAGUCGGGGGUAGAGCAGAGCUUCGGGGCCGGGCUCUGGGCGGCCCACCAUGCCCGGGCCGCGCGCCCCGGAGGAGCGGCGGCCGCUGCUGGCGCGCGGAGCGCCGGGCCCCCGACGGGGCCGGCGGGCAGCGGGAGCGGCCGUGCUGCUGGUGCAGAUGCUGGAGCGCGCGGCCUUCUUCGGCGUCGCCGCCAACCUCGUGCUCUACCUCAACAGCAAGAACUUCAACUGGGCCGGCGAGCAGGCGUCCCGCGCCGCGCUCGUCUUCCUGGGCGCCUCCUACCUGCUGGCGCCCGUGGGCGGCUGGCUGGCCGACGUGUACCUGGGCCGCCACGGCGCCGUGGCGCUCAGCCUGUUGGUCUACCUGAUCGCCUCGGGCCUGCUGCCCGCCACCGCCUUCCCCGAUGGCCGCCGUUCCUUCUGCGGCGAGAUGCCCGCGCCCGAGCUGCGGCCCGCCUGCCCCUCGGCCGGGUGCAGCCGCACCUCGCCCAGCCCGUACUGCGCGCCCACCCUCUACGCGGGGCUGCUGCUCCUCGCGCUGGCGGCCAGCUCAGUCAGGAGCAACCUCACCUCCUUCGGAGCCGACCAGGUGAUGGAUCUCGGCCGUGAUGCCACUCGCCGCUUCUUCAACUGGUUUUAUUGGAGCAUCAACCUGGGUGCUGUGCUGUCACUGCUGGUAGUGGCCUUUGUCCAGCAGAAUAUCAGCUUCCUGCUGGGCUACAGCAUCCCCGUGGCCUGUGUGGGCCUGGCCUUCUUCAUCUUCCUCUUUGCCACGCCUGUCUUCAUCACCAAGCCCCCCACAGGCAGCCAAGUAUCCUCCAUGCUUAAGCUGGCUCUCCAGAACUGCUGUCCUCGGCUGUGGCAACGACAUGCUGCCAGAAACCCCCAAAGCACCCACCUGGUGCCUGACCAGAGGUUUCCCCAGCCUGGUCCCUCCCACGAAGAAGACAUUGCCAACUUCCAGGUGCUGGUGAAGAUCUUGCCGGUCUUGGUGACCUUGGUGCCCUACUGGAUGGUGUACUUUCAGAUGCAGUCCACGUACGUCCUGCAAGGUCUUCACCUCCACAUCCCGAACAUUUUCCCGUCCAGCCCCACCAACAGCUCCACAGCUCUGAGAGCCCAGGACAGCAGCUACAGGAUCCCGGAAGCCUGGCUCCUGCUGGCCAACGUGGUGGUGGUGUUGAUUCUGGUCCCUCUGAAGGACCAUCUGGUCGACCCCUUACUGCUGCGGUGCAAGCUGCUUCCCUCGUCUCUGCAGAAGAUGGCACUGGGGAUGUUCUUUGGUUUUACCUCUGUCAUCGUGGCAGGAUGCCUGGAGAGAGAGCGCUUGAACUACAUCCACCACAAUGAGACGGUGUCCCAGCUGAUCGGAAAGGACCUCUACUACGCGGCACCGCUGUCCAUCUGGUGGCAGAUCCCGCAGUACCUGCUCAUCGGGAUCAGCGAGAUCUUUGCCAGCAUCCCAGGCUUGGAGUUUGCCUACUCGGAGGCCCCACGCUCCAUGCAGGGCGCCAUCAUGGGCAUCUUCUUCUGCCUGUCAGGGGUGGGCUCCCUGCUGGGCUCCAGCCUGGUGGCACUGCUGUCCUUGCCCGGGGGCUGGAUGCACUGCCCCGAGGACUUUGGGAACAUCAACAACUGCAGGAUGGACCUCUACUUCUUCCUGCUGGCCGCCAUCCAGGCCGUCACAGCGCUCCUGUUCAUCUGGAUCGCUGGCCGCUAUGAGAGGGCGGCUCAGGGCCCAGCCUCCCAGAGUGGCUCCAGCAGGGACAGGGGCUGAACCCGCCGCCCUCCCUCCUCCCUCCACUCCGCGCUUCUUUCCUGGAUGCAGACAGCAGCAGGCCUGGCUGUGGUUUCCCUCUCGGUUUAUUCUGUACCCAACAUUAGCAUGAAAUGGUUUCCAUAAAUAAGGGGCCUGAGCCCUUCCUCACAA